AUAGAAUUUUAAUAUUGAUUAAAGCUGAAAUAGAUUUGAGAAUACAGCUUGUUAAACCAGAUACAUGCACGCACACACACACACACAGAGCGGCUGGUUGCUUCCGAGCGGAAAAUAUCAUAUAGUUCUUCUUGUUUGUUAUAUGCCGUUUUCACUUGGCUUCGAAAUACAUCUUCCCUCCACAAAACACCAUCUCCAUUCUUCAUUCCUCAAUAAAAUGAUUUCCAUGGCAUGUAGUCAAUCAUCCCCAGUAACUGAAAACCCUCCGCUUUCCCUCUUUGAAACCUGCAAAUCCAUGUACCAUCUCAAGCAAAUCCAUUCCCGAACAAUCAAAACAGGCAUUAUAUGUAACCCCAUUAUACAAAACAAGAUACUUUCUUUCUGCUGCUCCCGUGAACUUAGUGACAUGUGCUAUGCGCGCCAACUGUUUGAUACAAUUCCUGAACCAUCCGUGUUCAGUUGGAACAUAAUGUUUAAAGGGUAUUCUAGGAUUGCUUGUCCUAAACUAGGCGUUUCUUUGUAUCUUGAAAUGUUGGAGAGGAAUGUUAAGCCGGAUUGUUACACGUAUCCAUUCUUGUUCAAGGGUUUUACGCGUAGUGUUGCCUUACAAUUUGGGAGGGAGCUGCAUUGUCAUGUAGUGAAAUAUGGGCUUGAUUCCAAUGUCUUUGCUCACAAUGCUUUGAUAAAUAUGUAUUCUUUGUGUGGAUUAAUUGAUAUGGCUCGUGGGAUAUUUGAUAUGAGUUGUAAGAGUGAUGUUGUCACUUGGAAUGCAAUGAUUUCUGGAUAUAACAGAAUAAAAAAGUAUGAUGAAGCUAGAAAACUUUUUGACAUGAUGGAGGAGAAAGGAAUUUUACCCACUUCGGUUACUUGUGUUUCAGUAUUAUCAGCGUGCUCUAAGUUGAAGGAUUUAGAAUGUGGCAAGCGGGUGCAGGAGUAUAUAAGAAAUGGUGUAGUCGAGGUUAAUUUGAAAGUAGGAAAUGCUUUGAUUGAUUUGUAUGCAGCAUGUGGCGAAAUGAAUGUCGCACUUGGGAUUUUCGAGAAUAUGAAGAAUAGGGACGUGAUUUCUUGGACUGCUAUUGUUACGGGAUUUGUGAAUACAGGGCAAGUUGAUGCAGCGAGAAAGUAUUUUCAUAAAAUGCCUGAAAGAGACCAUAUCUCGUGGACUGCCAUGAUAGAUGGAUAUCUUCGACUUAAUUACUACAAAGAGGCUUUGAUGCUUUUCCGUGAGAUGCAAACUUCUAAAAUAAAACCAGAUGAGUUCACCAUGGUUAGCAUACUUACAGCUUGUGCACAACUUGGGGCGCUAGAGCUAGGAGAAUGGAUAAGGACUUACAUUGAUAAAAACAAGGUCAAGAAUGAUACUUUUGUGGGGAAUGCUUUGAUAGACAUGUACUUCAAAUGUGGACAUGUUGAAAAGGCAUUAAGCAUAUUCAAUACAUUGCCUCAGCGGGACAAGUUUACAUGGACAGCCAUGGUUGUUGGCCUCGCGAUUAAUGGAUGUGGUGAAGAAGCUCUCAAUAUGUUUUCCCAAAUGCUGAAAGCUUGUGUAACACCAGACGAGGUAACUUAUGUUGGUGUUCUCUCUGCUUGUACUCAUACUGGCAUGGUAGAUGAAGGAAAAAAGUUUUUUGCCAGCAUGACUGCUCGGCAUGGAAUUGAACCGAAUGUAGCACAUUAUGGGUGCAUGGUUGAUCUUCUUGGCAAAGCUGGGCAUUUAAAAGAAGCUCAUGAAAUUAUUAAGAACAUGCCAAUGAAACCUAAUUCAAUUGUCUGGGGAGCUCUUCUGGGUGCCUGUAGAAUUCAUAAAGAUGCAGAAAUGGCUGAAAGGGCCAUAGAGCAGAUUCUUGAGUUAGAACCCAAUAAUGGAGCUGUUUAUGUUCUGCAGUGUAAUAUAUAUGCAGCUUGCAAUAAAUGGGAUAAAUUGCGUGAAUUGCGACGAGUGAUGAUGGAUAGAGGUAUCAAGAAAACCCCAGGUUGCAGCUUGAUUGAGAUGAAUGGUAUUGUCCAUGAGUUUGUUGCCGGUGACCGGUCACAUCCUCAAACAAAAGAAAUAUAUGGGAAGUUAAACAAAAUGACAAGUGACUUGAAAAUUGCAGGGUACUCACCUAAUACUUCAGAGGUCUUCCUUGAUAUAUCAGAGGAGGAUAAAGAGAAUGCAGUUUACCGGCACAGCGAGAAGUUGGCUAUUGCAUUUGGGCUCAUCAACUCAGGUCCUGGGGUCACGAUCAGAAUUGUGAAGAAUCUCAGAAUGUGUAUAGAUUGUCACCAUGUGGCAAAGUUGGUGUCAAAAGUGUAUGAUAGGGAAGUUAUUGUCAGGGAUAGAACUCGUUUUCAUCAUUUCAGGCAUGGCUCCUGUUCAUGUAAAGAUUAUUGGUGAGUUAAUAAGUGGUGGUAGAUUGUUAGUGACUCUCUCUCAAAAGCAUCUAAUACCAUAGAUCAAACUGGAUUAUUUUUUU